AUGAUGCGAGGUUGGUGCAAAGGUGCAAGGAGAAGCUUGAGAAGGUGGCAUAUAAACAUAAUGAGACCUAGUUGGGUGAAGAAGAGAGGAAGAGUUGAAAGCAAGGCAUUCUCAGCCUUCCACACCCCAGUCACAUUUACGGGACAGGUGUGGUUUCAGUGCGUGUUUGCAGCCAUUACGCUGAUACUGCUGGCGGGGUCGGUGCUUGGGAGGAUGAACUUCAAGGCGUGGAUGAUGUUCGUGCCGCUUUGGCUUACAUUUUCGUACACUGUCGGAGCUUUCAGCUUGUGGGGUGGAGGGUUCUUGUUCCAUUGGGGUGUCAUGGACUAUUCCGGUGGUUAUGUCAUUCAUCUUUCUUCCGGGAUUGCUGUCUUCACUACUGCUUACUGGGUAGGACCAAGGGUGAAGAAGGACAGGGAGAGAUUUCCACCAAACAACGUACUUCUGGUGUUAGCAGGAGCCGGGUUGCUGUGGAUGGGAUGGGCAGGUUUCAACGGGGGAGACCCGUACGCGGCAAACACGGACUCAUCCAUGGCCGUCCUCAACACCAACAUCUGCGCCGCCACGAGCUUCUUGGUUUGGACUUGGCUCGAUGUCAUCUUCUUUGAGAAGCCUUCCGUCAUUGGAGCUGUCCAAGGAAUGAUCACUGGCCUCGUCUGCAUUACUCCUGCUGCAGGUCUGGUUCAAGGAUGGGCCGCUAUAGUGAUGGGAGUUAUGUCAGGCAGUGUGCCAUGGUUCACCAUGAUGAUAGUGGACAAGAGGUGGAAACUGCUAUCUGCAGUUGACGACACCCUUGGUGUAGUUCACACCCACGCCGUGGCCGGGUUUCUUGGCGGCGUUUUAACGGGGCUUUUCGCUGAGCCUGAACUAUUCUUACGGUGUAUAGUUCCGUUGCGCAUGCCGGAGGAACAGUUACUGAUUGGGGAUGACGCAGUGCAUGGAGAAGAGGCAUAUGCAUUGUGGGGUGAUGGGGAGAAGUAUGAUGUUACUAGGCAUGAGCUUUACUCCGACGAUACGUCACACGCUCAAAAAUAUCCAUCCAGUGGUGCCACUCAGGUGGUCUAACUCAAAGUUAUAUAUUAUUUAUGUUAAUAAUCUGUUCCAAAAAGAAAAAAGA